AUGUCUCUGUACGGCGACUUACCUCCUCCCACGCGUUCGGCACCCAAUACGGACAAAGAGGAAACUCAACAGUCCUCUUUGGAGACGCAAUCAACGAAUCCGAAAACUUCAAAAUCUGCUCUCCCAGGAACAUUACGUUUUACGCCUACAAUUCAGCGGAAACCUAUCAUUCAGGCAAAACCGAAGCUCAACCCCAAAAUACAAGCUCCGCCACUUCAGAAUCCAGUCACUUCGUCGUCGUCUUCAAACCAAACCUCCGUUUCGACGUCAAAUCCAAACACUAUCGUGUCAUCAUUGUCAUCAUCUCCUCCUCAACCUUUUCCCAGCGAAAGUGGCCCAAUUGUACCACCCACAUCCGCAGCGACUUCUUCUCCUAAACAACCGUCGGUUUUGGAAGAGUUUAGCGAUCACAAGCCAUUGUAUAGUAAUCAAAAAAUCCAUCGUGGUUCUUAUGAAAAGGGGAAAAAACCUGUAAAGGGGGUUAAGAGGCAAGCACCCUUGUCAUACGAGGAUGAAUAUGAUCCCACACGUCCCAACGAUUAUGAAGAAUUCAAAGAAUUUGAAAAAAGACGGCGCGAGAAUGAAGUAUACAAGCUUCAUGAGGAAAGAAUUCGAUCAAGAUCGAGGAGCGUUGGUUCGGACAAACGUUCACCACCUCGUUCAUUUCCUCCACCACCUCUAUUGUAUUCCGAUUCACCCCCAUCCUCCAAGGCAAGUGAAACUUCUGCAGAUCCUCCGGCUGUACGUUCUCCUCCUGUUAAGCUAGAUCUAGAUAUCUCUGGUGAAGAAGCAUUCUUGCGAAGAGCGCGUCUAAGCAACCGUGUUGAUGAGACUGUUCCAAAGUCUCCCGAACCAAAACCAGUGUCCGUCCCAAAUUCGGGCGAAGAUUUUGCUCACCGCAUACUUGCUAAAUAUGGUUGGCAAGAGGGUCAAGUUUCCGUCACAGGAUUGGGGAAAAAUGAACAGGGUAUUAGUGAACCAUUGACCGUUCAGAAAACAGUUAAAGGCUCGGGAUACAUCGUCAAUACAUCAAGUAAUUUAACAGCGAAAUUGGACGUGAAAUCUAAAUCUGAACCUGUUCCUAAAAUUCACGUCAUUUUAAAUUUGAUGUUUGUUAAGGUUGGUCCUGGUGAAGUCGAUGACACUCUUCAAGAUGAAACAGCUGAUGAAUGCAAUGAAAAAUACGGAACGGUAGAACGCUGUCUUAUUUUUGAGGUUCCUCACGGCAAGUUGCCAGACGAUCAGGCGGUACGAAUUUUCGUAAAAUUUGCGGAUCAAGUCGCUGCGCUAAAGGCAAAGAAAGACCUUAACGGUCGGUUCUUUGGAGGUCGUGCGGUUUCUGCUAAGUUUUUUGAUGAGGCGAGGUUUGAAAAAUUGGAUCUAGCUCCUUCUGCGGCCGAGUUACUUCUAGCGUGA